CUGAAGAUGAGUGGAGAGCCAGUAAUCGCCAUCCCUCAGAGGGGACAUGUAAACUGAUGAUCAGGGCACUGAUGAUCAGUGUGCCCUGAUGGUCAGUGUCCAUCAAUGUCAGCUGUCAGUGCUCAUCAAUGCCACCUACCAGUGCCCAUCAGUGCCACAUCAAUGCCACAUUUCAGUGCCUACCAGUGCACAUUAAUGCCACAUAUCAGUGCCCAUCUGAGCUGCCGUUCAGUGCCACCUAUCAGUGCCAGUCAGUGCCACCUAUCAAUGCCAGUCAGUGCUGUCAAUCAGUGCCUGUCAGUGCUGCCUAUCAGUGCCAGUCAGUGCUGCUUAUAAGUGCCACCUAACUGUGCCAGUCAGUG